AUGCACGUCUCUCGGCCGACAGUUUUUCACAUCAUUUGCUCGCAGGAUGCCAUACCUACCAUCGAGGAAAAGCUAGCUUUGUUCAGUCGGCCCGCCUACCCUGUUCGCGCCACUUUCUACCCCCUUACACAAGACGACAUCAGCCGACGGGCUGCCCGCGCGGGUGUCGGCACGUCGCACGAGGCAGGAAUGGGGGGGCUGGUCAAGACGUUUAUCCACGAAGUGCUGCAUGACGUGGAAAGGAUCAUCUUUGUCGAUACCGAUAUGCUGUUCUUAGUGGAUCCUGCCUUGCUCUGGCGCGAGUUCGAUGCCAUGGACGAGAACCAGAUGGUAGCGUUCCCGACCCUCGGACCUAAGAGUCAUUCAGGAUGGAUAUGUACAUGCGUCAUGAUUCUCAACCUCAAAGCUAUGCGUGAACGUAUGUUCAUGCCCUCCAACCUCCUACCAACAACCCCUUCGCUUGGUUCGCCCGACGUAUGGAAGGACACCGGAACCGAUCCGUAUAACCCGGAUUACGGAGACCAGGGCUUGUACUGGGCGAUAUGGCAGGGCUAUCCGCAACACUUUAAACAUCUCAGCAUCUCGUGGGAUACCACCCACUGUCGCUAUUCAUACGGCAUGUCCCUCGCGGACGGCGACGAGAACAUGUCGGAAGAAGAACAGGUGGCCCGUCAGUGGGACACCCAGCAAGCUCCCGAGCGCUUCAAGCAGCUCUUCCCGGCGAUACUGCACUUCAACUGCCAAAACAUGGACGUCGUAUGGGACGACGACAUCAACCAGCGCCGGACGCGCUGGGGUCCGUUCGUCACGAUCGCGAUUCAAUACAAAUGGAUAUGGCUAAACCGGGGUGACGGGAGCGCGACCGUGCAGGUCAACACCGUCGAGCACCCCGUCUUCUGGGACGAGCUCGUCGCGUCCGCGUCGACGGGAGACGUCGACGAAAGCACGAAGCAGCCUGUGCACGGGCACGGGCACGGCUGGGGCGGUCAUCGCUCCUGA